AAGCAAUUUAAGGUGCGACGGGUGCCCAGAAUGUCGAUCAUCAAUUUGCCUUCACAUCUUGGGUGCAAGCAGGCUGCACGUCGGACUUUUGGCCCGUCCGCACGACCUCCAGUGCCGUUGAAGCAGGGCCUCUGCCGUAGGGAAUUGCUGCAGCUAAGCAUUGCGCUACCCUUCCUAGCACAGGGGCCAGCCCUUGCUGGCACAAACGAGACACCAGCUCCCGCUGCGCCUGCCGAGCUCCAAACACCGCCUGCAGAAGCUCCACCCUCCAUCGCGGCUCCAGCUGAUCCAGCUGCUGCCGUGCCAGAACCCUUCUUGGAUCUCGAAUUCCAAGUCGUCCCACCGUCGUCUUUCAAAUUUGUGGACACGCAGCCGGUGUACAACCCAGAUCUCCGAGGCCCCGCGCCCGAGCCCAGCCCCGUGCGCGCGCGCUUCGACUCGCCGGACGGCUCCACGGUGCUGUCGGUGGUGGUGCGCAGCGCCCAGUCCAUCCGGCCUUCCAUCCUGCAGGUGACCGACGUCAGCGUGUUCGGCGGCCUGGAGGAGGCGGCCAAGCUGCUGCUGCCGCGGGGCUCGAGAGUGCUGGCAGCCAGCGCUCUGCAGGUGGUGCUGCCCCCCAAGGAGACGGCCAUAGGUACCGUGGAGCUGCCGCCCAAGAACUACUACAAGUACGAGUUCACAACUGCCAACGGACUCCACGUUGUGAUGUCAGUUGCGGCCAUGAAGGGAAAGAUUUUCGUCUGCGGCGGAUCUACUGCGGCCGGCGCGCGGUGGGAACAGUACGGCAGUGCACUACGGGAAGCCGUGGAUUCAUUCCGGCUUCGGAGCGACAACAGGGUGCUGUAACGCAUACGCGUGGGCACCGUUUGGAAUGCAGCCGCGGACAUGGCUGUCAGUAGGAUUCAGUAAUUGAGGCUAAUAAGAAACUGACUUUUGUUCGGUAGCAUUGCCACUAACCGUGUAACCCGAAUCCGUGUCUUCUCGGGGUUUGAGAGGGUCUAGAAUACCCAGCUUCCGAAUACCCAGACUGUUUCGCCUGCUGUUGAGCACGGUGAUUACGACUGACCGUAAGUUGUACCUAAAGGAGCG